AUGUCUGCUGUUUUAUUUCGCACUGGUAAUGCAAUCGAUUGUCGAACAGCCUUUACCUUUCGCUCUAUAAUACGGGAAUAUUCAGGUACUUUUUCAACUAGUCAUAAUAACUUUACAAAGAACCUUGAUCUUCUUCCGCGCAGUAGCAUUCUACCUCAGAGAAAAUCACCAAGAUUUACUAGACUAUACGCUACUGAAGUCGAAAAUAACCAACAUCAUAAACAUGGCGAAAAAAACGAACAACAAAGUAAGAAUCAAGACUCACUAGAGCAAAAAAAGGAUAGCACAAAAAUUGAAAAUGAAAAUCUGAAAGAUCUCGAGCAGAUUAUAUCAAAAAAAUUUCCCAAAGGCUUUGACAAUUUCUUCAAUAAAGGCAAACCUAGUAGCGCUGCUGCUUCAGAUGAUCAGAACCAAAACGGAAAGUCAUCACAUCCUGAAACUGAGAACAUUUCACGUCCUCCACAUGACGAUAAAUCAAAUAAAUCCAAGCAGCAAAUCCCAAAAGAUGCUUGGACUAUGAGUAUUAAUGUCAAUACUUUAAUACCGUUAAUGUUUUCGGCAUAUCUUUUAUACAAGUUUACUGGUGGAGAUAAUUCCCGCGAGAUUACUUGGCAAGAAUUCCGAACAGCGUUUUUGGAUAAAGGAUUAGUAGACAAAUUGGUGGUGGUGAAUAGAAAAAAAGUUAAAGUCUACUUGCAUUCUAAUGUCACUGGACAAAUGUAUCCGAAUCCACCUGUUCAAUCGGGUGUACAAUAUCACUUUAGCAUUGGUUCUGUAGAAGCUUUCGAACGGAAAUUGGAAGAUGCUCAAAGAGAGCUGGGAAUUCCAUCCACCGAACGCAUACCAGUAGCAUAUCAUGAUGAAAUAAACAUUAUGAAUACAUUAUUACAUUUCGCACCUACACUUUUAUUAGCUGGCGCUCUCUUUUGGAUUACUAGACGUGCAGGUUCUGCUGCCGGGUCUCAAGGUAUAUUUGGUAUUGGUAAAUCAAAAGCAAGAUUAUAUAAUCACGAAACAGACGUCAAAGUGAAAUUUAAGGAUGUAGCAGGAAUGGACGAGGCAAAAGAAGAGAUUAUGGAAUUUGUUAAAUUUUUAAAAGAUCCAACAGCUUAUGAGAAACUGGGUGCGAAAAUUCCUAAAGGAGCAAUUUUGAGCGGUCCUCCAGGUACCGGAAAAACAUUAUUAGCCAAAGCAACUGCUGGCGAAGCCGCAGUUCCUUUCUUAAGUGUAUCUGGAUCUGAAUUUGUAGAGAUGUUUGUUGGUGUUGGUCCCUCACGUGUUCGAGACUUAUUCGCCAAUGCAAAAAAACAUGCACCUUGCAUAAUUUUUGUCGAUGAAAUUGAUGCAAUUGGUAAAUCGCGGGGUAAAAAUGGACAAUUUGGUGGAAAUGAUGAACGGGAAAGUACACUUAAUCAAUUAUUGGUAGAAAUGGACGGUUUUGGUUCAAGUGAGCACGUCGUAGUGUUAGCAGGCACUAAUCGUCCAGAUGUACUUGAUCCAGCACUAUUGCGUCCUGGUAGAUUCGAUCGUCAUAUAGCGAUAGAUCGACCGGAUAUAAAAGGACGAAGUGAAAUAUUUAAAGUGCAUCUUAGACCAAUCAAGACAAAGGAAAAUAUUGAAAAUUUGGCGAAUAGAUUGGCCGCUUUAACACCUGGAUUUUCCGGAGCUGAUAUUGCUAAUGUCUGUAAUGAAGCAGCAUUAAUAGCAGCCAGAUAUCAUAAAGACUGGGUUGGAGAGGAACAUUUUGAACAAGCAAUUGAAAGAGUUAUCGCCGGUCUCGAAAAGAAAUCACGAUUAUUGUCACCUGAAGAAAAGAAAACUGUCGCGUAUCACGAGGCAGGGCACGCGGUUGCUGGCUGGUUCUUGGAGCAUGCUGAUCCAUUACUUAAAGUUUCGAUAAUUCCGCGAGGAAUCGGUGCACUUGGAUAUGCACAAUAUCUACCAAAAGAACAAUAUUUAUACUCUACAGUUCAACUACUUGAUCGCGUGUGUAUGACACUGGGAGGCCGAGUUUCUGAAGAAAUUUUCUUUAAAAUUGUCACUACUGGUGCACAAGAUGAUCUACAAAAAGUCACAAAAAUGGCAUAUGCUCAGGUAUCGACAUAUGGAAUGAAUCCGCGUGUUGGCUCAUUGUCAUUUAAUAAUCCAGGUGAUACUGAAUCUCAAUUUUUAAAACCUUAUUCAGAAGAGACGGCACGUAUAAUCGAUGAAGAGGUUAGAAAUUACGUGCGAAUGGCAUAUGAACGUACUGUAAAAUUGUUGACCGAUCGUAAAAACGACGUUGAAAAGGUGGCGCAAUUUUUAUUAUCAAAAGAAGUUUUGAAUCGUGAAGAUAUGAUUUCUAUACUGGGAAAGAGACCUUUCCCAGAAAAGAAUCUUUACGAAGAAUACAUGCACCCAAAGUCGUCGCAGAAAAAGGAAGAAACUCCCAAAGAACCUAAUUCGUCAUCAUCACCACCACCACCAUCAUCACCACCACCAUCAUCACCACCACCAUCAACACCGCCACCGACACCUACACCAGCAUUAUCACCAUCACCGGCCACGGCAACGACAACGACAGACAAUAAUCCACUUUAA